UGCCCGCAGCCCGCCUCACACCCAGUCUGCACAGGGAUGGGGGAGGCUGCGUCGGGCUCCACGCCGGUGGGAACUCUGGCUAUCUGCACGGCCUCUAAACACCUGUACCGCUCUCCUUCCUUCCAGCGCGAUGUCUUCACCUCCUGGAUCAAGGAGAACAUCCGCAAGAAGGAAUGCUGCUUUUUCCAGAAGGAUCCCAGAACGGAAUUCUGCAAAUGUGGCUACUCAAAGGAUGCUCAUACAGAUGAAGCCAUCAAGCCAGAGGGCUUCACAGGAGAGGCGUGGGACAAACACAGACAUGUCCAGGAGGUGUCAACAGACGCUUUUGGAGACAUCGACUUUGGUGGCCUGGGACAAAAGAUUGGCAAGUAUGCGCGAGUGUCUGCAGACACCAAGGAUGAAACGCUGUACCACUUACUGACUGAACAGUGGAAGCUUUCGCCUCCCAACCUGCUCAUCUCGGUGACCGGAGGAGCCAAGAACUUCUACAUGAAGGCUGGACUUAAGAACAUGUUCCACAGGGGACUCAUAAAAGUGGCCCAGACGACAGGCGCGUGGAUCAUCACAGGUGGAACCCACGCGGGUGUGAUGAAGCACGUGGGUCAGGCCGUGCGGGAUCACGCCCUCAGCAGCACCGGGCAGGGCAAGAUCGUCGCCAUAGGAGUGGCCACAUGGGGAGUGAUUCACAACAGGGACAAGCUGGUGCACAAAGAGGGCUGCUUCCCCGCGCAUUACACAAUGGACACUGAAGGUCAGGGUCGACUGUCUUGUCUGGACAACAAUCAUACUCACUUCCUGCUGGUGGACGACGGGACAAAUGGACGCUACGGCGUGGAGAUUGAAUUGCGCACUCUUCUGGAAAAAUGCAUCUCCAGCAAGACACUCGGAAACAAAGGGAGUGGUGGGAAGAUCCCUGCGGUAUGCGUGGUUUUGGAUGGGGGACCAGGCACACUGAAUACCAUCUACAACGCCAUGCUGAACGGCACGCCGUGCGUGAUUUUGGAGGGCUCCGGACGGAUGGCAGACGUCAUCGCCCAGGCGUCGGGCAAGCCGAUCCGCCCGGUCACCAUCGCUCUCAUACAGCAGCUGAUGAAAAAGUUUUUUGGGGAAGAGUAUGACAACUUCAAGGACCUACAAAUUUUAGAAUGGACCAAAAAGAUUCAGGACAUCAUCAGGAUGUCUCAUUUGCUGACAAUCUUCACAGUAAGCGAAGACAGUCAUGCGGAUGUGGACGUAGCUAUUCUCCAAGCACUACUUAAAGCUUCCAGGAGGGAUGAGACUCAGGGAAUGUGCUGGACAAGACAGCUUGAGCUUGCUAUAGCCUGGAACAGAGUGGACAUAGCCAAGACUGAGAUCUUCACUGAGGAGAGCCAGUGGAAGUCCAGGGACCUUCACGGGGCCUUUUCCUCCGCUCUGGUUUGUAACAAGCCUCAGUUUGUGAGUCUGCUGCUGGAGAAUGGCGUGAAUCUGAGGGAUUUCCUGAAGGAUGAUAAAACUCUGUGUGAGCUCUACGAACAGCUGCCCAGCUGUUUCUUUCUGCGCAAGCUGGCCAAGAGGGUCCACGGUGCUGGGCGCAGCAGGAGGCGUAUGUUGGGCAGGAGAGUCCGUUCUCGCACAGGAGGAAGGGAAAGGGUGUCUUUGACUCAUGUCUCUGAAGAGGUGCGCCGCCUGUUGGGCAAAUUCACGGUGCCCAUCUACCCUCCGGCCCCCGUGCUGCACGACCACAGCAUAUCUACGGAUGACACGGCAAUAACAGUAUCUAAACUUCAGGCGGAUUCCCAGGCUUCACUGAGGCCAGACAGUGCUGAAGCACACAGGGAUCCAGGCACAGACCUUUUCCUCUGGGCCGUGGUCCAGAACAACAAGGAGCUGUCUGAAAUAGCCUGGGAGCAGUGCAGGGACUGCAUGUCAGCUGCCCUGGCUGCCAGUGUGUUCGGCCAGUGUCACAACAGCGAUGAAGGGCGCGCUCAGAGGCUGCUUGUCCGCGUGUCCCGCUCCUGGGGCGGAACCACCUGCCUGCGGCUGGCACUGGAGGCCGAUGAUAAAAACUUUGUGGCUCUGUCAGGCGUUCAGGCUCUUCUGACUCAGAUCUGGUGUGGGAAACUUUCGGUGGACAACCCUGUGUGGAGAGUGCUGAUCUGCAUAGUCUUCUUCCCUCUCAUCUACACCAGCUUUCUGGUUUUCAGACGUGAUGAGCUCAUUCAGAGAGAAGCUGAGAAGAAAGAGGAGAUAAAGACGCUGGAGACAGUAACAGGAAGCAGACAUGGAACUGAUUCUCGUAGCUACCUGCAGUCGCAUGAGGAGCCUUUGGGCUGCUGGUCGAGGCUUAGGGGCCUUUAUGGCGCUCCGCAGGUCAAGUUUUACUUGAACAUUGGCUCUUACUUCGCCUUCCUCUUCCUGUUUGCUGUGGUGUUGAUGAUUGACUUCCAGCCCACUCCCUCUACUGGAGAGCUGCUGCUCUACGUCUGGCUGCUGUCUCUGGUCUUUGAGGAGAUCAGACAGCUGUUUUAUGAUCCCGACGGUUUUGGCUUUGAGAAAAAGGCCAAGAUGUACAUCAGAGACCUGUGGAAUAUUCUAGACGUCCUGUCCAUCAUACUGUUCAUUAUUGGCCUUGGUUUCAGGCUGACAGAUGUGCUGUUCUAUGCGGGUAAAGUCAUCCUCUGCAUCGACUUUGUGGUCUUCUGCCUCCGCCUCAUGGCCAUCUUCACUAUCAGUCGAACCCUGGGACCCAAAAUUAUUAUCGUCAGAAGGAUGAUGAUGGACAUGUUCUUCUUCAUGUUUCUACUGAGCAUCUGGGUGGUGGCAUAUGGUGUGGCCAAACAAGGCAUUCUGAUCCACAACGAGGACCGGCUGGACUGGAUUUUCCGCGGGGCGGUCUACGAGCCAUACCUCAUCAUAUUUGGGAAUUUUCCCCAUGAUAUCGAAUAUGCGCAAUUUGACGUCAACUCGUGCAGCGUGAACGGAACAGAUCCUCUAAAGCCAAAGUGUCCCGUGCUGAAUGACAACCAAACGCCAGCCUUCCCUGUGUGGCUCACCGUCGUCAUGCUUUGCGUUUACCUGCUCUUUGCCAACAUCCUGCUGUUAAACCUGCUCAUAGCCAUCUUCAACUUCACGUUCCAGGAAGUUCAGGACAACACAGACAGGAUCUGGAAGUUUCAAAGAUACGAGCUGAUUAAGGAGUACCACAGUCGCCCGGCUGCACCGCCUCCUUUCAUCAUCCUCAAUCAUGUCUGCCUCUUCAUGAGGAGAAUGGUGCUGUGCAAGCCCCCCAUCAUUUACAGCGAGUUCAGGAAUAAGCUCGGUCAGAGAGAGGAAGAGGAGCUGUUGUCCUGGGAGGCCCUGAUGAAGGACAGAUACCUACAGUCUGUACAGCAGAAGAAAAACCAGAGCACAGACAGACGCAUCCUGGAUACAGCCCAAAAGGUUUCCUCCAUAAGCGAGCGGCUGGAGAGGGAAGAGGAGUCGAGCUCUGCUGCCGUGCUGAAGAGACUCGCUCAACUAGAGGAGCAGGCCGUCCAGUCAACCAAAGCCCUGCAGUGGAUUAUGAACAGUUUAAAAUCUCAGGGAUUUGGUGCAAAGGAAGAACAGUCUCUGCCUGCGGAUGCAACAGACCAGGCUCCCGACUCUCAGAGGAACACAAUGGAAACAAAGGACGGUUACCAUGUGAAAGCGCGUCAGUUUUCCUACCCAAACAGCAAGCUCACACGUUUUCCCGUGCCAGACGAGAAAGUGCCAUGGAAGGUCAGCUUCAGCUCCUACAUGCCAACUUCUUAUGCUCCUGAGACUGGUGGCGACCACGUGGACGGAUCAGAGCCAGAGGCCUUAGAGAAAUACAGAAACCCAAGAGGGAGGACGGGUAUGAAAGGACGAGGAGUCCUCAACCACCUCGGCCCAAACCUUUACUUAGAUCUUGUGGUUACACGCUGGCAAGACAGCAAGGGGUCCGUGCUUGAGUUCCUGGCGGUUUUGGAUGAGGAGCAAAAAAGCUUUUUUCUGCCUGGGGGGCCUAUGGAGUCUCCAGAUCAGCUGCCAGCAACUCUUAAAACAACCUUGGGAAAGAAGCUGUACGAGAUGAUAAAAGCAAAAGUAUCAGAGGGGAUAAAGGCUGUGGGAAGGCAGGUGUUUGAAUGCUACGUGGAUGACGAAAGGAACACAGAUAACGCCUGGUUGGAAACCACCGUCUUAAACAUUCACCUGGACAUAGCCAGCCAGGUGACGGUGGAUAUUAACAAUAUGGUGGUGAGCAGCCACAAUCUUCACUGGGAGGAGGUGAGCCGCAAAACAAUACUGAGCCCAGGUCAAAAAGACUCACUGCAGUGGGUUGCAGCUCUGCACAACAGGAAGUUCUGAUUCUCAUGCUGCGGUAACCAUAAAUGUGCCUCUCCGCCGUCAGGUUAUCUUCUGCCUUCUGCAUGGCCUUUAGUCAAGGUCAAUGCAGAUGCACUUGUGUGGAAAAUCUGAAAAGAGAAUGAAGCCAUAUGUAUGCUAUUGUGGAUUAAAAGGGUUUUAUUAACAUGCUGCUUCCCUCAAAUGUGCACGGAGGGCAAUGCCUUCACUUUCAACCCAGUAUAUAAAGUAACUGCACUGGGAUUGUGGCCAACACUGUGCUGAAGUGUAUCACUGCUGUUUACAUAAUAUACAUUUUACACCACUGUACUGUCAAAAGUGAGGUAAAACGUGUGAAAAAGACCAUGCCACUUGACUAAAUUAUUGAAUGAAGCCUUGCAUUUGAAUGAAAAGCUCUGGUAACUACAAUAAUCCAUAACAAAGAAAACAUAGACUUUAUUUGUCAUAACAGUUCUGAGAAUUGAUGAUCCACUUAAGUAGUGCUCUUUUAUACAUAUUUUGCUUCCUUGAGUACUGAAUUCUACAUUUAGUGCUGAAUGAUAAAGUUAUUAGGUUUAUUCUUUUAUGAACUUGAUUUACCUGAAUUGUACCCAUUAAACUGUCACCUUAUAAGGAACACAGAGUGUUUGUUCUGGUUUGCAAAGCAACUUCUUAACAUCUA